GUUUGCAAAAACUGAACAUAAAAGAGUUAAAUCAAAGAAUAAACRCAGAUCUGAUUCUGAAUUUAGAUAAUAAAUUUUAAAAAAUCUGUCCAGAUUCCACCAYAAAUUCACUUCAUAAAUUGUUGCAAACAUUUUACUGAAUCACUUUUAAAACCUUACCUAAUCUUUGGUAAUCAUCCAUCUCUGUGUUGCUGCUCUGCUGCAAAAUGAAACAAAGUCCUGAGUCUGAGUCUGAAAUAAGACCUGCUGCUGCUCCUGUGGGUCACAUGACUUCAGAGAAACCAUCAGCUCACACUUUCACUUUACCUCUGAAGGAGAGUCAGACUGCCUCCCUCUGAAAGUGAAGGUAAGUCCUGUUGUUUCAGAGAAGCUGCAGAGUUACUGUAAAUCAUGUGAGCAGAGUGGGCGGAGCCUGUUUCUAUAAAGACUCUGUGACUCAGAGGGGCUCUGCAGAUCAGACSUGUGGAAACAUCAGCAGAUACCAACAUGUCUGAGCCUUCAGGUGAAAACAUGGACAYAUCAGAGAACUCUGACCAAUCAGAACACAACACACCUGCACAGCCUCCAGAGGAGCAGAAACCUGUGAAGUGUCCAAAGUGUAACGAGGAAAUCGUUCUUUCCUACAACAUGAAGUCAGAAGAUCUGAGAGGAAACUUCAUCAGACUGACUCAGUCCAGCUGCUCCUCUGCUGCUUCUACCAGGUCACAACAGGCUCCACAGGGUCAGAGUCUUCCUGUGGUGUGUCCAUACUGUGAAGCUGAACUGGACCCAGUGAUCAAACUAACUGGUCAGAAUGAAAUCUGUGUUGAUCUGUCACUGAAGACUACAACAGACUCCUGUGUUCCAGAAGGAUCAGGUCCUGAAGACGGGGGACAGGAUUGUGGAUCAGGACACACAGGAAAGAAACAAAGACCAGAUCAGAAACCUGAACAUCAGAAUAAGACCUCAAAGGACCAAAAAUCAUCCUUUUGGAACUGGAAAAAAUACCUUUCCAGUCCCUCUCUUUCAUCAGUGAAGGUCCAUCGUGUCGUUACUAUUCAGUCGUUUGGUGCUGAUGACUGCAUCAUGAACAAUCUGAACACAUGGACAUCACUGMAGCUGACAGAAACCUCUCUGGAUGAGUGUGACAUCAUCAUUGUCUUCUGUCCAAUCAUGUCYCGUGUUGGAUCAGAUGUGGACGCAGCCAUGAAACGUCCAGAAGUGUCAACCACGCAGAAGCCAGUGGUUCUGGUUCUGAUGCAUCACACCAGAGACCCAGAAUACUCAACUGAAGGAACUAAAUGGUCUGAAGUUUAUAAAAAAGUCAAACAUGAUGUUCAUGUUUUCUACCAUGAGACCCAGCCAGGACUGCUGCCCUGUAAACACAACAAAGACACAAUCAGUCUCUUACAGCAGUACUUGUACAAAUACAGUAAAUAAGUUCUGAACUGGU